AAAAUCAUAUAGAUUAAAGGAAGCGCGACACAAAAACAUUGUAUUUUGGCGUCUUUUUCGCGAUGCCAGGAGCGAAUUGCUCCAUAUUUGGUUGCGCGACAAGUCGAAAGCACGUCGGGGUAGGAAUUUUUAAAAUCCCUUCGGAAACAGAUGAGUUAUCGAAGAAAACUCGCGAAGCUUGGAUAAGUGUUAUCACCAAGGACCGUGUUGUAGACGAAGGUUUGCGUCGACAAAUCAAUAGCGGAAACCUGUAUGUGUGUGAGAAGCAUUUUAGGAAAGAAGAAUAUGAGACUUUUUCUACUCGUAAGAUAUUAGCUCGUGGAGCAAUUCCAUCCUUAAACUUGCCAGUGAAGAGUAUACCACCUCCACCUCCUGCUACACCAAGGCGUGAUCUAGUGCGACAGCAAAUUGAUGAUCCUGUCCUAGUGGUUUAUCGAAACUUUAAACACUUUCAACAAAAGAUAUUACCAUUGAAGAUGAACAGAUGGUGCAAAAAAGGGGAAGAGGACAGUAUAGUUUUUGAGUUUUUCCAGCCACCUUAUACCCUACCAAAGCUUUCCUUGUCAGUUGUUUCUGAACUCACCUUUUCUGUUGCUGUGUACAACUGGUUUUUACCAGAUGACCAUUAUAUUUAUGUUAGUCACAAAAGAUCUUUAAAGCAUACAUCCAUCUCUACCCUAAUGGCCACUUUGGAAAGUGCUCAAGUUUGUCAAGGUCUAAGUAAAGAGAAACACAUUGUCUCUUUAUGUGAAGAUCCCAGUCCGACUUGUGGUGCCAGCAGUGUCAUGAGACAUACAAUCCCAAUUGAGCGAAAGUGCUAUGAAGAAGAUGGUCCACCAUUUCAGGCUCAUGUGUUUAUCAGGUCAGAGCAUUGUGAGUUGCUUUGCAGCAACGUCUCCUGUUCUGAUUGUAUCAAAAAGGAAAAAUCCCUUACAAAAAUGAAAGAGAGUGCUGUCAAGAAAGGAACAGAGCCUCUGAAAAGUAAUGCACCCCUGUCUGGCUCAAGUAAGGAGAGGUUAAUUGCCACUGUUCAACAGCAAAGGCUGGUUUGUAAAGAACUUGAGGGUCGAAUUGCUGAACUGGAGAAAGAAAUUGAGAGCAACAGCAUCCCUAUCGACGAAACAAUGGAAAAAGAUAUCUUGGCAAUUCUUGCUGACAGAAGUGAUGAUGUAACCCCCCACAUGAAAGUUUUCUGGGAGCAGCAAAGGAAACUACUAGCUAUGCCAAAAUUUGGAAGAAGGUACCAUCCUCAUAUCAUCCGUUUCUGCCUGUCUCUUCAUGCCAAGUCUCCAGCAGCAUACAAAGAAUUGCGAGAGUCUGGUGUUUUGGUACUACCAAGUGAGAGAACUCUCAGGGAUUACCGAAAUUUCUUCAAGCCAAGGGCUGGUUUUCAUCCUGAUAAUAUUGAAAGAUUAAAGAAUCAAACAAGCCAGUAUUUUGACAUACAGAGGUAUGUUGUCCUUUCAUUUGAUGAAAUGAAAAUCCAAUCAAAGCUGGUCUUUGAUAAACACUCCAAUGAACUAAUUGGCUUUGUUGAUCUUGGAGAAGAGGAACUGAAUCUUAGCAGUGGAUCGUCUGACCUUGCGACCCAUGCCCUGGUAUUUUUUGUACGUGGUGCUGCAAGUGUUCUUAAAUAUGCCCUUGCGUACUUUCUUACUAAAGAUGUCACUUCAUAUCAGAUAAUGCCUUUGUUUUGGAAAGCUGUAUCUGUACUUGAGCUUACGUGUAAUCUCUGGGUUUGUGCCACUGUAUCUGAUGGAGCAUCACCUAAUCGCCUCUUCUACCAACUGCAUUCCGAUUUGGUCGAACCAGGUACAGAAGUGGUAAACUACACACCAAAUCUUUUUGCUUCAAGUCGAAAAAUCUACUUCUUCUCUGAUGCACCACAUUUGCUUAAGACUACCAGAAACUGCCUAUUUAAUUCUGGAAGUGGUAAGCGCACACGCUACAUGUGGAACAACAAGAAGUACCUGCUCUGGGAACACAUUGCCAAACUAUAUUACUCGGAUCUUGAUUCGGGUCUCCACCAGCUACCUAAGUUGACCGUAGAUCACAUUGCCCUAAAGUCCUAUUCAAAGAUGAAAGUCAGCAUGGCAGUGCAAGUGUUGAGCAAUACAGUUGCACAAGCUCUACAGCGCCAUUUCUCAUCGGGAGAAGCAGAGGAAACCGCCAAACUGUGCAAGAUGAUGAACGAUUUUUUUGACUGCAUGAAUGUUCGAUCCACCACCGAGCACCAGAAGAAGCGCAACGCUUUAUUAGCUCCAUACAGAAGUAUGGAUGACGAGAGAUUCAAUUGGCUGCAAAAUGUCUUUCUGGAAUACCUAAACAAUUGGAAAUUGUCGACAGAAUUGAGAGAAGGAGCAUUCACUGAUGAUGACAGAGGACGUAUGUUCUUGAGUACCCAAACCUUCAGUGGAUUAAAGAUGUCAAUCAAAUCAGUUAUAGCAACAACCAAGUUCUUGUUGAGUGAGGGGUUUGACUUUGUUUUGACUGAACGUUUUUGUCAAGAUGACGUUGAAGAGUACUUUGGCUACCAGCGUGCCCAAGGACGAAGAAGUGACAACCCAUCAGCUGCAGAAUUUGGCUAUAAUGACCUAAGAAUUGCCACCUUGCGAGAUGUUGCACCCAAAUCAAUUGAGGGGAAUGUAUCAGGACGGCAUUCCGGAAAGAAAAGUAAGUGGUGCAAUGUGAGCGAUGAGCAGCUGCCCAAGAGAAUAGUAAAAAAGAAGAAACCAUUAACUGAUUGACACUAAUAUUUCAGACAAUACAUAUACAGGCUGCAUCACCCCCCUCCCUAUUGAAAUAGAGCUUUGUUGAAAUUUAAGUGCAUGAGUAACACAAAUUAAGGUCUUACUUUCAAUUUUAGGCAUCUGUGGGUUUAGAAUAAUAAUACUAUCUGUCACAGACUAGCAAAAUGUGCUGACUGCCUAAUAAAGAGUGUUGUUUUUUUCAAAUUGCAUCUUUAAUAUACAUAAGAAUACAUAUGGGAAGCUUUUAUUUUCAUGAGUAACUUCAUUGAGUUCAC